AUGACUGCCACCACAGCUCAGGAACCGGCCCUCUCCAAGGCCCACGACCAGUACGAGGGGCCUGCUACCCCCGAACAGGUCAACGGCCCCAGCGAGAAUGAGGCCGUCGCGCAUGGUCUCCAGGCCAUUGAGGCGCAGAAGGUGCACUGGUACUCGUACCUCACAACUGUCGACUUCUGGCUCAUCCUCGCCAUCGGCCAGGUGCUGGCGCUGUGUAUCACGGCUACCAACACCUUCACCACGUUUAUGGCCAACUGGGGCACCAACGUGCCUGCCUUCCAGACCUUCUUCAACUACGUGUUGCUGAGUCUGAUCUACAUCCCGCUGACGCUGUACCACCACGGCCCGCGCAAGUAUGGCUCGAUCAUCCUGCGUGACGGCUGGAAGUACUUCAUCCUGUCCUUCCUGGAUGUCGAGGGCAACUACUUCACCGUGCUGGCGUACCGCUACACGAACUUGCUCAGCGCACAGCUGCUCAACUUCUGGUCCAUCGUCUGCGUCGUCAUCAUCUCCUUUUUCCUGCUGCGCGUGCGCUACAAGCUGUUCCAGAUCGCCGGCAUCCUCGUGUGCUGCGGCGGCAUGGGCCUGCUGCUGGCCUCGGACCACAUCACGGGCAGCAACGGCGGGCCGGGCGUGGACAUGCUCAAGGGCGACCUGUUCGGCCUGCUCGGCGCGACCUUCUACGGCAUGAGCAACGUCUUCGAGGAGUGGUUCGUCAGCAAGCGGCCCAUGUACGAGGUGCUCUCCUUCCUCGGGCUGUGGGGCAUGUGCAUCAACGGCGUGCAGGCCGCCAUCUUCGACCGCGCCUCCUUCGACGACGCGACCUGGAACGGCCCCGUCAUCGGCUACCUGGUCGGCUACACGCUGGCGCUGAGCAUCUUCUACACGCUGGCGCCGCUGAUCCUGCGCAUGGGCAGCGCCGCCUUCUUCGACAUCAGCCUGCUGACCGGCAACUUCUGGGGCGUCAUCAUCGGCAUCCACGUGUUCGGGUACGCCAUCCACUACCUGUACCCCAUCGCCUUCGUCCUCAUCAUCUUCGGCCUCGUCGUCUACUUCCUCGCCGGCUCCAUGCUCGGCGACAGCAGGAAGCCCUGGCUCGGCGACAACCAGGAGGACGGCGUCGCGGGCAUCGGCACCGCCAAGCUCAAGGCGCUCAACAUGGCGCGCAAGCAGGGCCUCGUGGCUGCCGAGGGGCGGGAGCAGCACCAGCAGGUUUAG